GAAUGUUGCACCCACAUGACUAAUACUGGCUUCCUCUAGCACAGUGGCUGCUGCUCCGCCUGCUGCAGAGUGACUGAACCUGGGGGAGGGGGAGCGAGGAGGCUGGUCCUGACAGCCACAGAGGAGAGGAAAGUGGUGAGAAGAAGGAGAAGGAGCACAAGUGAGAGAGCCAGACUGUGCCGAAAGGAGCCAGGUCCAGCUGGAGCCAGGUGAAGGACGGAGGAACCAUCUGGCAAGCAGGGGGAUGCUGUUGUUCCUGCUCCACAGGACAUUGCUCGUUCCCUCUCCUAUCCGGCAGGCCCAUGGGAAUGAUUUGAGAUGAAGAGUGUACCAGCAUUCUGGACGACCAGCCCUCCUCAGCAAACUUCAGCCCCAUUUGGCUCUGCUUGGACCAAGUUAAAUGUUUGGGGGAUUUCCGCCGGGCUCGGUUCACGUGGUCGUGCAGAUCCAAGGCAGUGUCUCUUAAUGGGUGGAACAGAUGAAUCCAGAGACCACAUGCAGGACAUGCAGAUCUGAAGCUGGUACCGCUGUAUUCUGAUCUUCAGUCCCUAAUUUAUCCGAGGGCUGCGAGCCCUUCUCACCUCAACAAAUUUUGCUGCCUCUGUAUUGAACCCUCUGGGUUGGACCCCAUUAGUCUGGCCUGAUCACUGACAGCAGCUGCUGAUCCCAGAGCUUCUGUGGCAGCAGGAUCCCUAGGGUGGACUUGCCUUGGGGACAACUUUCAGUCCAUGCCUGACUGGCUCAGAGAAUGACAACAGCAAGCUGGUAUCACCGGGACAUCAGUCGUGUUGUGGCUGAGGAUUUGUUGGCCAAAGCUGGGAAGGAUGGGUGCUUCCUCGUGCGAGACAGCGAGUCCGUGUCUGGGGCAUACGCCCUUUGCCUGCUGUUCCAGAGACAUGUGCACACCUAUAGGAUCCUGCCCGAUGAGGAGGGGCUGCUAUCCGUGCAGACCAUCCAGGGCAUCCAGGCCAAAUGCUUCCGCACCCUGACUGAUCUAAUAGGGGCCUAUCAACAACCCAACAAUGGCCUGGUGAUCCCAUUGCUCUACCCUGUGAACAGAGCAAAAGAGCCAGUGGAGGAGGACUCUGAUGGUGAAGAUGGCAGAGCCAGCCACCCUCCAAGCCUGGUGCCUCACAGUGGGAUCAUCGCGGGCAGUACUAGUGGGUGGGUUACCGCUCAGCCAAACAAGGCCCAGAUAUCUCAGCAGCUGCAGCUGAGGCUGCAGGAGCAGGUUCACAGCAGCCCGGCCAGCGAUUUCAUGGGAUUCAUGGCCGAGUACCUCAGUCACCACUUACAGCUUGACCUGGAGGCCCUGAGGAAUGGGAACCUGCAGCUGAGACACCUGAGCACAGCCUUGGUGACUGCCUGCCGUGGGCUGCACAGUGAGAUUGACUUCACGCUGGCCGGUUUAGAGACUCUGGCAAAAGUGUUUGACCCUCCGUCUUCCCCUCAGAGCCCCGUAAGAGAGCAGGGUCUCCUGGCCAGCGAUCCAGACCUUGAAUUGCUCCUCAGCAAGAUCUCCACUGUCAACCACCUGCUUUCCUCUCUAGAGAGAAAGGUGCUGAAGACACUGCAGGAAACAGUGACCAAGCACAAACUGGCUCUUCCCAGUGUGGCUGUGGUGCACCCACCUGCUGCCAAACCCAUGGCUGUGCAGAGCUUUGAGGUGAAAGUGGGCAAAACACAGAGGGCUUCCCUGACAGUGGACGUGGAGUCUGGUACAAUGGCCAUCACAAAGAGGGGCUGCAGCUCUCCAGAGGAGACCAUCUCUCAGGACAAAAUCUUGCAGCUGAUUAAAUACCAGAGCAUGCAGAGCAAAGUGCGGCUGGUGUAUGACAGAGACCAACACAGAAGCCUGACCAGGGACUUCAUCUUCCAGAACGCACGGAAGCGAGAGGCCUUUUGUCAACUUCUGCAGCUCAUGAAGAUCCAGCAUUCCAAUCUGGAUGAGCCAGACCUCAUUUCUGUGUACGUUGGGACAUGGAACAUGGGCAGUACUCCACCUCCCAGGUCCAUGGCUUCCUGGCUGACAUCGAGAGGGUUGGGACAGACUCAGGAUGAGACCACAGCCGGCAUUCCACAUGACAUCUAUGUUAUUGGCACCCAGGAGAACUCGCUGGGGGACCGCGAAUGGGUGGAGUUCCUGCGAGCCUCUCUGAAGACCUUGAUGUCCAUAGAUUUCCGAGUGGUUGCCUUACAGUGCCUCUGGAGCAUCAAGAUUGUGGUGCUGGUGAAACCGGAGCACGAACGCCGGAUCAGUCAUGUGAACACGUCAAGUGUGAAAACAGGAAUUGCAAACACACUAGGUAACAAAGGGGCUGUGGGCGUCUCCUUCCUUUUCAACGGGACAUCGUUUGGGUUUGUGAACUGCCACCUGGCCUCGGGGAGCGAGAAGACACAAAGGCGGAACCAGAACUACAGUGAUAUUCUGCGCUCUCUGGUCCUGGGUGACAAGAGACUCAGCAGCUUUGACCUCACUCUGCGCUUCACCCACCUCUUCUGGUUUGGAGACCUCAAUUACCGCCUUGAUAUGGAGGUCCAGGACAUCUUAGCUCAUGUGAACAAAAAGGAGUUUGAGACCCUGAUGGCCGUGGACCAGCUCAUCCUGGAGCGUGAGAAGAACAAGGUGUUCCUGCGAUUUAGUGAGGGAGACAUCUCCUUCCCUCCCACGUACCGAUAUGAACGGGGCUCCCGGGACAGCUAUGUCUGGCAGAAGUUCAAAACCACAGGGGUGAGAAUCAAUGUUCCCUCGUGGUGCGAUCGCAUCCUGUGGAAGUCACACCCUGAGACUCACAUGCUCUGUAACUCAUAUGGCUGCACUGAUGACAUCGUGACCAGUGACCACUCGCCUGUCUUUGCCACAUUUGAGGUGGGAGUGACGUCUCAGUACGUGCCUAGGAAGGCUCCUGGCUCCAGCCCCGAGUCCCUGGCCUGCAUCGAGUGGGACAGCAUUGAGGUGAUUGUGAAAACAGCCAGCCGCAGCAAGUGCUACAUUGAGUUCUACUCCUACUGCCUGGAAGAGUCUCAACGGAGUGGGGAGAACAGCUCCCAAAGCAGCGACAUCCCGGGCUUCCUCAAACUCAGCUGGUCAGCUAAACAGCUGCCAGUGCUGAGCCCGAUCCUGUCGGACCUGGAGUACCUGCUGGACCAGCACCUGCUCCUCAGCAUCAAGGGCAUGGACAGUUGCGAGUCAUAUGGUGAGUGCUGCAUUGCCAUGAGAUCUAUGAUUGGCAGCCUGGCCCAGCAGUUUGAGACUUUCCUCUUCCACCGGGGUGAAGAAACAGGCUCCAUGCGUGGCUGGAUGAAGGUCCGAGUCCCCAAGGACAGGCGGAGCACACGUGAGAGGCUCUACGAGUGGAUCAGCUUUGAGACAGACGAGAUGGAGUCCGAUUUCCCGACCCUCUCCAAGCCAGCUCUGCAUGCCGUCAGGAGCCGGCCCCUCAGCCUCCUGGAUUCAGCCAGCAGUUACACCAAUCCAGCCUAUUUCAUAUUUGAGGGGGUCCCCAACACCUGGGCACAGUGUCCCAGACUGUCUGAGCCUUCUUACAGUCAGGCCAGUGACAGGCAGGCUGACAGGCACCUGGGCCAUUCUCCAUGCCGCAGGCUCCAGAGCCUGACAGGAGCACAAGCCUGCUCCUCCUCCAAGGAACAGCUACAGAGAAGCCCCCACUACUCUGUGCCCGAGACCAUCUCCUAUGGGCACCAGCUCAGCCCCUCCCAGAUUGGGAGGCACAAGAGGCCCAAGUCAGCCAUUCUGACGAGACACCCGCAGACGUCGGGUGACUGUUCCCUCACAGCCCUGCACAUGGCCUGGUGCCUCAGUGACAUGGACACAGAGCCCCCCAAGAGAGGAAGCUGCCUGGACCCCAGCCAGCCAGAGGGCCGGAAGAACCUGCUGCGCCACACCCGCAGCGCACUGGAGCCACCACCGCAGAGCUGCUGGGAGGGGGCAGGGUCCCAGCGGGACACUCGCCAACUCAACCGUGCUGGAGAGAAAUAUCACUGACCAGGACCUGCUGGACACUGGUAUGCUGAGCCCCACUCAUCGGAAGCUCAUCCAAGCCAAGCUCCACGAGAGUAGCCCCAGGACCCUGCAGCAGGGACCCAGUCUGAAACCAAACCUAUAGUGAAUCUGGCAUCCGGACUCCUCUGUGCCCUUCUGAUCUCCUCUGGGCAGCUGCCUGGUGCAGGGGGGUGGAGAGCUGCUGAAGGCGUUCUGUCCCUGGGACAGGGCCAAGAUCCAGUGUCACUGGGCUAAGCCUCUGGAUUGGAAAUAUCCCCCUUGCUGCCUUCCUUUGCAACCUUCAUUGUCACUCCGAUAUCAUUGUGCAUAAUCUCCCCUAGCGGUGGCUGCAGAAAUGCCCUGUGCAUCUGGCUGAGGCUUUGCCAAAGGCCUGGACCCAAAAGGACGCUUAGCCUUGUGAAACUGGCCACAACCCCAAACUGUCUAGCCGGGUUCCAUGGAGGGGUGACUGGGAAUUCAGGGUAGCCAGAACGUAACAGGGGAGCUCCAGCAGUUGCUGAGACUCCAGCACUAACUUUUCUUCCUUCCCUGUUUGAGCCUAGCGUGACCAGAUGUCCUGAUUUUAUAGGGACAGUACUGAUAUUUGGGUCUUUUUCUUACAUAGGCUCCUAUUACUGUCCUGAUUUUUCAC